AACUCCAGACGAUUCAGCGACCGCUCUUGACGAUGCUAUAAAUAGAUCACCACCACUCAUCCCAAUCCGCAGCAAAUAUCGCAAUCAGACCAAGAACAGCACAGCGAAAUCUUCCAACCCACAGACUCACUUCCCAGUUCGCACUCAGCUAGCAUAGCAAAUCAGAAGCAGUAAUGUCGCUGGUGAGGCGCAGCAACGUGUUCGACCCCUUCUCCAUGGACCUCUGGGACCCGUUCGACAACAUGUUCCGCUCCAUCGUCCCGUCGGCCGCCUCCGGCGACUCCGAGACCGCGGCCUUCGCCAACGCCCGCAUCGACUGGAAGGAGACGCCCGAGGCGCACGUGUUCAAGGCCGACCUCCCCGGCGUGAAGAAGGAGGAGGUCAAGGUGGAGGUGGAGGACGGCAACGUGCUCGUCAUCAGCGGCCAGCGCAGCAGGGAGAAGGAGGACAAGAACGACAAGUGGCACCGCGUGGAGCGCAGCAGCGGCCAGUUCACGAGGCGCUUCCGCCUGCCGGAGAACGCCAAGACGGAGGAGGUGAAGGCCGGCCUCGAGAACGGCGUGCUCACGGUCACCGUGCCCAAGGCUGAGGUCAAGAAGCCCGAGGUGAAGAGCAUCCAGAUCUCCGGUUGAAGAGCCAUGGGGGCGGUGAGAGCUCGCGGCGUCGGAUCUCCGGUUUCAGUUUCAGCUACGCGACUUGUGUGUGUGUGUGUGUGUCAGUGCGUGGUUACUCUGAGCUUCGGUAUGUUUGGUGUGUACUGUUCAGUGUUUCAUGGUGCUUCCUAGCAGUGUCUGUCGUGUACUUUGCCUGUAUGUUGAGCUCGGCUCAGUAUGUUCUGGGAGUGAAUAAAUAAAAAAAAAUUAACCAGAUA